CCCUAUAUAUAUAUAUAUCCACAUAUUACACCCCAAAUCUCAACAUCUUAAACCCUAUAUACAAAUUAAGAUUAAAAAAAAAUAUUCUCUAGCUAAAAAGAUUUUCUUUCUCUUUUGAAUAGUAUUUUUGUAAUAAUUAAGUAAAGUGUUAUAGAUAUAUAGUAGUGUAACAUAGUAGUAUUAGGUAGUGAAGCAGAAUAUCAUUGUAGAGAUGAAGAUCCAGUGUAACGUAUGUGAGAAGGCGGAAGCCACGGUGUUUUGUUUUGCAGACGACGCGGCGUUAUGCAAGAGGUGUGAUGAGAAAGUGCAUGCGGCCAAUAAGCUGGCUACUAAGCAUCAAAGAGUUGCUCUUUCUACCUCCGCCAAUAAUCACUUAUUGCCUAAGUGUGAUAUUUGUCAGGAAGCAGAUGGCUACUUUUUUUGUUUGGAAGACAGGGCGUUACUCUGCAGAAAAUGUGAUGUUGCCAUUCAUACCCUCAACACCCUUGUUUCAUCCCACCAACGUUUUCUACUUACUGGUGUUAAAAUCGGGCCUCAAACCCCUGCUGCAUCGGACACCCUCCCUUCUGAUAAUAAUUAUGCUACUACUAAUAUAGAAGUGCCCGAUACCGUUUCUCCACCUACUAAUAGUUCUACUAUGUCUAUCCAAGCAGCUGCUGCUGCUGGAAUUGGUGACUUUGUGUCCCCUAAGUUGCCACACGGUGGUGGUUCUUCGGCACCAAGUAUCCAACACUGGCAGUUUGAUGAGUUUUUCGGAUUGGCUGAUCUUAAUCAGAAUUAUGACUACAUCGAAGAUUAUUCAUCCAAGACCGACAGCAAUAAAGUGGGAGACUCUGAUUGCUCCUCAAUACUAAGGGCAUUGGAGGUUGAAUUGGAUGCCGACGAUUAUUUGGGUCAGGUUCCUGCUUCAUCUUGGGCAGUCCCAGAAGUACCUUCACCGCCGACCGCUUCAGGACUCAAUUGGUCAAAAGGUCACCAUUAUCAUAAUUAUCAUCAGAUGGUCGACACAGCUGCUUUCGUUCCUGAUGUAUGCUACUCUCCUAUGUCAAGCUACAACCAAUCUCAACAAACCUUAAAAAGGAGGCGACACUUCUAACGUUUCUCCAUGACCGUGUUAUUGAAGAAUGCUAACUACAAAUGUUAGAUGUUUAUACAAGAGGCACGCCCCCAAGUGCAUCCCAUAUGGGGGGUCAUACAUAACCCGUUUGGGUUCAAAUAAUCGUCGAAGAUAUUGCAGCUUUUGAGAUGUGUUUUGAAAGUUUAGGCUCUACAGUCAAGUUGUAGUGAUCUAAUUUGUGCGUUUAUUUAGUUUGUUUGGGUUAGUGGCAGACUGUAUUAGACUUGUUAGAAGAGUCCAUAGCUUACGUUUUUUUAGUUGGAACAAAAGAUAGUAACUUUUGUUUGGAAAGUGUUUCUGGACAUGUUAUUGUUGUGUUGGGUUCAACUUGAAGGAUUUAUAAUCAUCUUAACUAUGAAUUAUAUA